AGAUCGCAGGCUCCAUCAACAAGCUACCUGUACUUGACGUCCACCCGCUGGAACUUCGCUUCCCCUAUCAUCCCAAUGAGCCCAUCUCGUGCUCACUGUACCUAACAAACAACACCAAUGAAAAUGUGGCCUUUAGACUUGUAGACAGGGGCGGCAAGUCCCCAUGGUGCUUCACAAAGCUGCCGUUGUACGGCAUUGUGCCUCGAAGAUCCACUUACACUUUGAUUGUGACAACAAAAGAGGAGAUGAAGCUAAAGGAAAAGAAAGACUUCGAUCUCGUUAUUCAGAGCAGUUUAUUGGAACAUAAGUACAUCGUUUUAUUCCAAAACCAGUGUGAAUCUGAUCAAUUUUUUGAGGAAGCAAAAGAGUUGGGGAAUAUGGUGCAUGAGGUGAUACUGAAACCUGUUUAUCUGCAGCACGAAGAUAUCACAUCUGAGGUGAGUUAAUUCCACUACACAAAAGACUUCUUUCAAUUAAUAUGCAUCGACAAACCUUGGCGUGUCCAUAAUUGCAUUGAUCAUGUGUAUAUUAGU